GCAACGUCAGCUACGUCUCUGUUAUCUUCUUAUUGUUUAGCUCGAACCGGCUGGUGGAAUUAGUGUGGUAUUUAAUGUUUUUGGGGAUUAUUCCUUCUUUUCCCCCGGACCGGACCGCGGUUCUCCUGCAGCACAUGGCCAACCAGAGACGUUGUACCGGAACCAGUUUACCGGCAGAUAGUUUAGCCUAGCGGCUAGCAGGCUACUUAGCCGCAUAGGUGGCUGCUACGCUGACGGAGGAUGGCCUUUCCCUUCAAAAUCCCGAAGAAGAAACAUGCCGAUGACUCCGCCCACACGCACCUGCAGUCACCGCUGUCCCGCCUCCAGAGCUCCGCCCCUCAGACUAAGGGCUACGGGGACCAGUCCGGCCGAGCCGCUGCCAGCAGGAUGCAUGCUGGGAACAGCUCCUCUGCCGGCAGACUCAGGACGCCCAGCAGGCCGCUGUUCACUGACGUGGUCAAAACCCUGCUGGAAAUCAACAGCCCCGAGGGAGGCGGAGCCUCAGCAGCCAAUCACAGCUCACCAGGAAGGUGGAGCUGCCAGUCACGGCCGGGACAGACUAACGGGUGGCGACCGAAGCGAGCAUCUGACCGCCUGCUGCUGCCUGAGUCCACCUCACCUCCACCACAGAAGAAGAAAAGCUCUGAAUCCUCCCGGGCUAAGAGCAUCUCUGUGGAAGCCAGGGACUCUCUGGCUGAGCUGCGACCCCAGAAGCAUGCUGGGAAUUUGAGUUCUUCGGUGUCAUGGAGGGAGAGCGACGCAGGAAAACAGCAGAAGAAGAAUUCGUCCAGCUCAGGACUGGAGGAGACGUCAGAGGAGGAGUUCACGUCUCCGUCCAGAACCAGAACCCGAGUGUCUACAGGCAUGAAAACGCCCUCUUCCUCCUCCUCUGUCUCCAUGGUGAAGACUGUCUCGUCGCCAAGGGCAACAGCUGUGAGUAAGCAGAGUGUGGACCGGAUGAAGGAUGUGAUGGAGGCUCAGAGAGACAGAUGGAGACAGUUCAGAGAGAAGAAGACCAGAUCUGCUGUCCUCCAUCUGAGACUGAAGAAACCCGAACAGACGACAGCAGAACCCAUCGUCCUGUCGAGUGAGGAGGAGGAGGAAGGUGAUGAAGCACAGAGGGCUUGUCAGAGAGGAAGGUGUGACCAGCAGGUUUCCAGGGGCCCUCGUCCACCGACGCCGCCCUCCUUCCUGCAGCUGGAGUUCACCGCCCUCCACGCCGGCCUGGAGGACGCCCACGCCGGCGGGCCGAUGACGGUCACAGAGAACAGCAUCACUCUUCCUGUUAAAGGGGUUGAGGAGGGCCAGGUGACGGUGGUGGCGUCUCAGCUCCGUGGUUACGGCCUUUGGGAUGGAGGCGUGGCCCAAGGCGGGACCCUGCUGGCUGACUGGAAAGGCCCCGCCCCCUCGCUGCUGUUCCUGUGGGUGUCAGACGCUCAGGCCAACCUGCUGCAGAGGGAGCUGUCAUCCAUCCAGAACGCCUCCCCCAACGGUCCUCCGUGCUCCGUCCUCCUGCUGGUGCUGCAGGAGCAGCUGCAGGAGCUGCAGGCCGCUCUGCUGGCCUCCAUCCUGGACUUACAGGAGUACCAGCAGGGCCGCACCUCCUCCUCUGGGGGGCCCACCUCCCCUCUGGAGUGGGCUGAUGGUCUGCUGCUUGUGCACAGCUGCCCACCUCCUGUGGACCAGCACCUCCUCCGCCUGCUGGGACACUCAGCGAAGUCCAGUCGGCUGAGGGGCAGACAGGUGAAACAGUCAGGUCUGCAGCAGCUGCCCACCAGGCUGCUCCAGUAUCCUCUGGUCCCGUGUAAGGGCCGGAUCACGGUGACCCAGGAGGACCUGGCCUGUCUGGAUGCCGGCGAGUUCCUGAAUGAUGUCAUCAUCGACUUCUACCUCAAGUACCUCCUACUGGAGGGCGUUGGUGGCUCGGUGGCCCAACGGAGUCACGUCUUCAGCAGCUUCUUCUACAAACAGCUGAGCCGGCGGCGGGCGGCCGGCGAAGACCACACCCCCUCCGCCCCCGACCGGCACAUGCGGCACCAGAGAGUGAAGACCUGGACCCGACACGAGGACAUUUUCACCAAAGACUUCCUGUUUGUGCCUGUCAAUCAAGAGGCUCACUGGUUCCUGGUGGUGGUCUGUUUUCCAGGUCUGGAUGCGGUCCGACACGAGGACUUCCAGCCCGGAGCAGGUGGAUCGGAGAAUCCGGCAGGAAAAUCCACGUCUGAGCUCAGAUCUCAGCAAACACCAGACUGCACCCGGCAGGGCUGGAGGAAGAGUAUGGUGAUGAAGAGGCCGUGCAUCCUGGUCAUGGACUCUUUGAAGCUUUCGUACCACGAGAACGUCUGCAGGUUGAUCCGAGACUACCUGCAGGUGGAGUGGGAGGUGCACGGGAAGACGCCUCGGCUCUUCACGCCGGACAGCAUGAGGAGCUGCAGCUGCAGAGUUCCUCAGCAGGACAACAGCAGCGACUGUGGCGUCUUCCUGCUGCAGUACGUGGAGAGCUUCCUGCAGAACCCCGUCGUGCACUUUGACCUCCCGGUGCGGUUGGAGAACUGGUUUCCACGGCAACGAGUGCGACAGAAGCGCGAGGAGAUCCGGAGUCUGAUCAUGAGGCUGAAGGACGAAGAACCAAACAAUGAAAGAACUUUCCUCUGAUCUGAUCUACUUCCUGCUGAUGUAAAUAACUUUUCUUCUACUUCCUGUUUUCUAAAUAAAAGUAUUUAUUUUA